AUGGCGGAACGCGACGAGUCGGCAGCCAGCCGCUCGGAGCGGCUGGCGGCCGCGCAGCGUGCGGCGGCCGCGCAGCGUGCGGCGGCGCCAAACCUGCAGACCCGGCACCGCACCUCUGGCGAGAGCUCGACCUACGCCCGCGACUUCUUCGGAGCGUCUCGCCUCCACUUCAUCGGGUCGUGGAAGGAGCGGUUCAAGGCGAUCUGCGCCGGGAUGCCGCCGGCGCCCCCGCUGCCGACGCCGAGGCCAGGCGAGCAGCGCGCCGUGAUGCACAUCGACAUGGACUGCUUCUUCGCCUCAGUCGCUGUGGCGCACUUCCCCGCCUUUGCCGGCCUGCCGCUGGCGGUGAGCUGGGGCAACCCCUCCGUCGAGAGCGGACACGGUGAAAUCGCGAGCUGCAGCUACGAGGCGCGCGCGCGAGGCGUCCGGAACGGAAUGUGGCUGAAGGACGCGCUGCCGCUCUGCUCCGACGGGGCGGGCGGGCCGUCCGAGCUGGUGGUGGUGCCGUACCAGUUCGACGAGUACGCGGCGGCGGCCGAGGCCAUGUACCGCCGCGUCUUUGCGCUGACGCCGCACGUGAUUGGCGUCUCUUGCGACGAGUGCUACGCCGACGUGACUGGCUGCGGAGAUCCGCUCGCCCUGGCGACGGAGCUGCGCGCGCAGAUCCGGGCGGCGACGCGGUGCAACGCCUCGAUCGGCAUCGGCCCGAGCCGGCUCGUCGCCCGGAUCGCCACCUCCGCCUGCAAGCCGGACGGGCAGAGCGCGCUCAGCGAGGAGGGGGCGCGCCGCCUGCUCGCGCCGCAGCCGGUGACGGCUCUGCCUGGGAUCGGGCGCUCGAACGCGGCGGCGCUGUCCGCGGCGGGCAUCGCGACGGACGGGCGCGCUUGGGAGGAGCCAGCCAAGGUCCGCUCGUCGAUCGGCGCGCAGUCGAGCUGGGGCGUGCGGUUUCGCGCCCGCUCGUGCCCGGUCUCGGCGUGCGAGGAGGGGUGCGGCUGCGCGCACGCCUUCGUCCGCCAGCUCGCCGAGGAGGUGGCGAGGCGGCUCGGCCAGGCGGGGAUGCGCUGCCGCGGCGUCGGCCUCAAGGGAGGAAUGGGGCACGGCGCGUGCGACAACCUCUCGCGCAGCGUGGCGCUCGAGCGGCCCACCGCCUCCGAGGCCGACCUCGCCGUCAUCGGCCUCAAGCUGCUGCAGGGCCUCGCCAUCCCGCAUGAGGCGCUGCGCGGCGCCAAGUCGCUCGGCUCGCGCUGGGCCGAGACGCGCCGCGCCGGCCUCUGGCUCGAGCACUGGCUGCAGGCGUGCGACGACGUGGAUCGAGGCGUGGAGCCGAUGGCGCAGCGCCUGCGGACGUGCGGUAGCUUUCGGGCGUGA